AUGGCCACAACAGUUACCGGACCUUACAUACCUAACAACUUCACAUCACCUACAUUAAGUGAAUGGGAACAAAUGAAAAUAGAUUUUAAAAUAAAACCGUUAUCGGAUUCUGGCUAUCUUGGUUCAGCUAUUUAUCUAACAUGUCUUGGUAACAGUUUAAUUAUAGCGAUGUUCCUUAAAGAAAAGAAAUUAAGGAUGAAACCACACAACUUAUUACUCUUAAACCUUGCUGUAUCUGAUUUGGGCAUCUCCCUAUUUGGUUAUCCUUGGACCACUGCUUCUUGUUAUGCCGGACGUUACUUAUUUGGUCGAGUUGGUUGCACUAUCCAAGGCUUUAUGACCUUUACUUUAGCCCAAACAGAUAUGAAUACAUUAGCUUGUCUAAGUUUUUAUAGAUAUAUCAACAUCUGUAAACCUCACCACAUGAUAUCAUUAAUGUGGGCUUAUUCCCUUGUAUGGACGGUGCCACCGUUAUUUGGAUGGAGUUCCUAUAUCCCGGAACCCUUUGGAACUUCUUGUAGCAUAGAUUGGAAGAAUGGCGAACUUACAACAUUCCCUACCAUGUUUGCUAAAAGUUCAUGUCUGUUAAAUCCACUACUUUAUUUUCUGACGAACUCGGCGUUUAGACAAUGUAUAUGGAGAAUGUUGAAUUGUAAAUCACCAAUAAACAUCAUCAAUGUCCGGAGGUGA